AUGCGCCGGACGACCAGUGUCCGGUCCACGAAAAGUGCUGUUGGGCCCACUCAGUUGAAUAUGCAACAGCAGCAUCUUCUUCAUCAAUUUCCAGGUUGUAGUCAUCUCGUCGGGAAUGAGAUGGAGGACGAUAGCGUCAAGAUCAUGGAAUCGAUUGACGGGCCUAUAACUACGGAGGCUCGACCGCACGUGCAGUCUCUGCACGAAGAGCAAACACCAGUAGACCACGAUGCGAACAGUUGUACCCACGCGCAUUUUAUGCACUGCAAAAGUAUCGUACUCGUAUGAAUUGCAGGUAUGCAUGACAAAUCUGGUUUCCUACCCAAAUCUGCAUUACAAAUUCCAAUUUUCUUCCUGAUAAAAUUUGUCAUGCGAUUUAUACCAGUGCGAUACUUUAACUUUUGCAAUGCAUACACUUUCUCGCACAGCAAUUCAGCCGCACCUACCAGCAGAAAGCGGAAGACGCCAUGCAGGAUAUGAUGACCAAGAGUAUCCAGGUGGUCACGAAAACUGCAGCGUCAGCAGGGGCUACAAUGGCAGCCGCCACGACGGGUGGCGGAACGACCUGUAGUUCUACCAUGAACUACCACCAGCAACAAAUCUUGGAAGCCAAUUUGUUGCAGCAAGGAGAUCCCAAUCGUUCAUCCAUAUCACAGAAUUUAUCUUCCCCAACCCGGACGACGAAAAUGAUGAUGAACAAAUACGGAGAAUCUUACUUUAACAACGCUCUGCUCCGUCGGGUCGACACUUCCUCUCCGGGUUCACCGAUUUUGGUUCAUCCGAAGGCGUCACCGGACUAUUCAGUGCAAAAGCAUCGUACUCGUAGUAAUUGCAACUAUGCAUGACAAAUCUGGAUUCUUAGCUAAAUUAGCAUUACAAAUUGAAUUUUUUUUUUUCCUUUUGAUAAAAUUUGUGUUGCAAUUAUUGCUCCUACUGCGAUACUUUUGCAAUCCAUACGGACGGCGCUCCUGCGACAAUUACUAUCGGGGAGGAGUUUUCGAUUUUGGGAGCAGACGAUGAUGAAGAUGAAAACAACACGGUUAUCCUGAGUAAAAACGUCCCCACACCAGAGUUGUCAUGCAGAUUUGCAAUGACAGGAACAUUUGUAAUGCGCAUCACCAGGAGAGGCAUUUUUAGUGGUGUUUUGGAAUUUGUAAUGCUGUAAACAGGAUGAGCAGAUGGAUUUCUGAUGCAGCUGGCCUUGCGAACCUGCACUACACUACGGACUGCAACUUGUGAUGCGUGACCCCCAAAAGUUCUAGGUUUGUGUUGCAAAAUCCCCAUCUUGACUCUGGUGUGGGGAUGUUUUUACUCAGGAUAACGGUCAAUAUCCUAUCCCCAGCGGAGCACACGGAUGUCGAUGUGCAGCCGGAAAAUCAAGCAGAACUAGAGCAAAAUGUUGACAGCAACAUUUUGAAGAUUCACCGCCCGAAACCCAGUUUAGCGAAGACCCUGAUUAACUACAAUCCCGCACCGAAUAUUUCGGUGACUGGUGCAGACAGUUUGAGGGCGAGCAAUUCUUCCAUUCUCUCCACCGGUCGAAACAUCAGCCAAGCUAAAGAUAACGAGAACCACCACGGAAAGAGCAACGAUAAGUG